AUGUCACAUAAUAUGACAUCAGAAAAAAUGGAAGAGUCAGGACAUUCUCCAUACUUUAAUAGUGAUUAUUCUUAUCUGGUAAUCCUUUUUGCCGGAUUUGAAGUAAAAACACUAUUCUCUUUCAUAGCCGCCUGUAUGUUUAUCACACUCCUUUGUUGGUCAGAGAGACUGUUGUCUUAUCGUUUAGAAAGUUUAAGAUAUGAAAAGAAUCGACCUAGAUUUAGAACUAUAUUAUUAAGAACUUUUGGAUACUCAAUGGCUACAAUAUUUCGACUAUUUUAUAUGUUAAUUACGAUGACCAUGAAUUCUCAGAUUUUUAUAAUAGUGGUUGUAGGAUUAACUACUGGACAAUUAAUUGUAGAAUAUUUGCGCUCAAUCUCUGCCUACACAUCUAAACACAGCUUGCUUGGUAUGCACUCGUCGGUUAAUUUAUCUCAUAAGGAUGACGAUGACAUACCGUCAGCAACUACUCUAGGGAAUGAAUCAAUUAGUGAUAAAAUUGGUGGAUAUACCGGG